AUGGCAACCAAGUCACAUCAGUACGAAGCGGAUGGUGACGCAGUGAUGAAGUCUGUAAAUCAACCGGUAUUCGAGUUCGUCAAGGCGCCGUGGUUGAACGACUGGAGUCAUGAUGCAUUGGUCAAAUGGAACCAAGCACGUGACCAGUACGAGGAAAUUAUUCGGCAACGCUGUUUUGAGAGUCGUGAACGACCCGAGACCGUGAUGAAACCAGUAAAAUCCUCAAUCGACCGGAAGUUGCUGGAGGUGGUAUGCCUCUACGAAACGAGCAGAUCCCCGACUUGGACGAGUUGUUCAAGAAGAAGCUGA